ACCGGGGGAGGGGCAGGAAAGAGGGCUAUAAGGGCCGCAGCGGUGCGGGGCGGGAACCAGCCAGGCCAUGGCGGAGGUCCCGGGAGCCCAACGCUCGGUUCUUGCCGGCGGCCCAGAGCCCCGGGAUCCCCUGGACUGCUGGGCCUGUGCAGUGCUAGUAACGGCUCAGAAUCUGUUGGUGGCUGUCUUCAAUCUUCUCCUGCUGGCUUUAGUCCUGGGGACCAUCUUGCUACCCGCUGUCACCAUGUUGGGCUUCGGCUUUCUCUGCCACUCUCAGUUCCUGCGCUCCCAGGCACCCCCUUGCACCGCCCAUCUGCGGGACCCAGGCUUCACGGCCCUGUUGGUCACUGGAUUCCUGCUGCUGGUACCGCUGCUUGUGCUUGCCUUGGCCACCUAUCGCCGCCUCUGCCUGCGUCUCCGCCUGGCCGACUGCCUAGUACCCUACAGCCGUGCCCUCUACAGGCGCCGGCGCAUCCCACAGCCGAAGCAAAUCCCGGCCUCACCAGGGUCCCGGGCUGUUCCCACACCGGGAAAGGUCUGGGUUUGAGGUGCGUUGAGUCAAGAAUUCUGUUGAUUGUCCUCCUGGACGCGGAAGGACUUGAAGCAAGCUCAGGGGUAUUCUGCCUUGUCCUGCUCCUUACCAUUGCCCGAGUCAGGUUCUAGUAUCCCUUUGAUGGACCAUCACCACCUGUGGAUCCAAUGCUGGCGAAAAUUCCCAUGCCCCAGAACAUCUCACUUGAAUCCUGAACGUUUGGGCUGGACCCUGCACAUCUUCUCUCUCUCCCCUAGCGGAAAUAGGAGAGCUGAACUUUGUGCCUUCCUUAGCUGGUGCAGCUCCUCUAAUAUUUACGGGACUGAGGGACAACGCUGGAGAAGGAACCAUCACAAACAAUAAAGAAUUUAUGAAAUAAAUGUGCUCUGUGAAUACAGGGGUGGCUUAUAUACAGUUGUCCCUGCCCAGGGCUCAGGAGUAGGAAACAAAUCCCUGAGACUACAAAUGGGCAGACCAGAGCAUCCUCCAGCAUCCUGCCUUUCCUUAUCGCCUUAGUCCGUUCUUCCUGGUUAGACCCCAGAGUUCUGACCCUGACCCCAAAGCCACUUCUCCAUUAAUAGCGCGGAGGGGGCCUUGCUUCAGCUGCCUACCCAGCUCCCCUUGGGGACCCGAGCCCGUUCUCUGACCCCAGCUUAAAGGAACUAAGUGUUGCCAGGCCGGGGUGGGAAACAAUGGGUCUUCCGGAGCAGGAUGACACCCCCUCCCGCUACAAUCUGAAGCAGCAGCGUGGGAGGGAAGAUGG